UUAGCAUUGAACUACCUGUUUGGCUUUGCUCUCGCUGUGGCUAUUUCAUUUUCUCCUUUUCUGCUGUUUUUCUACCGAAAUAUCAUACGUUUUCGGAUGAUUUUUUAUUCCAUUCGAGAGAUAAUGAGAAGAAUUUUUAUUACAAUCUAAUUAUCGGGCAUUUGUUUCAAUGAAAAAAUUAUGAUAACAGUAAUCGUGUGACGUCGAUGUUUCGUGGAUGCGUCUAAUUAAUCAGCAGCUUCAACCGUUGUUAAAUUUGUUUAGUGUUUAUCAAUAGUUCAAUAUUAGGUAUAGUAGUGUUUCAAGUACGUGUGAUACAUAAAACAACUUUACAGAGAACCAUACUGUGAGAUAUUAUAAGGGCUAAAAUGGACGGUGCAGGAAAUUCGCAAAAUGGACCGGGUGGCAGCUCGAAACCUAAGAAUAAAUUACAUGAAACGCAAGCUCAAGUCGAUGAAGUCGUUGGUAUCAUGCGAGUCAAUGUGGAGAAGGUUUUGGAACGAGACUCGAAGCUUUCGGAACUUGAUAAUCGAGCAGAUGCUUUGCAAAUGGGCGCAUCGCAGUUUGAGUCACAGGCAGGAAAAUUGAAAAGAAAAAUGUGGUGGAAAAAUAUAAAAAUGAUGAUCAUUUUGGGUUCGAUUGGAGCAGUUAUACUGAUACUGAUUUUAUAUACCGCAUUUUCGAACUAGCGUAAUGAUUCGAGUAAUGUGUAAUAUUGUUCUUCCGACGUUCAACGAACGAGUUUAAAAAAUUGUGUUAUUAUUGCUUGUUGAAUUACAUGAAUUUUUUUAAAUAAUUAUUAUACGAAUUAUUUAUUUUUAUUUUUUACUUAAGUUGUUUCACUCUUUUAAAUGGGUAUUGUUAGAUUUAAUGUGAAUUAAAAAUUUAUUAAUUUUGUAAAUUAUUGGUAAUCAUUGCUAUACCUAUACCUUAACAUAAUUAUCAUCGUAUUAAAAUAAUAAAUGUUUUCACGUAUAUUGCA